UCCCGCUUCCCCUGCCUGGAUGCUGCUCCCUCUGCUGCUCCUCCCCUGGGCAUGGGGGGCCCUGGCCGCCUCCCCUGCUGUCCCCCCAGGGUCUCUCACCCUCCGGCUGCUCAAAACCACUGUCUUCCACAACGCCAGUUCUAGGAACAUGGAGGGGCUGGCCCUGCUCGGGGACCUGGAGACCCACUCCAUGAAUUGCAGCACCUGCAAAAUCCGCUUCCUGCAGCCCUGGGCCCAGCAGGGCCUCACUCCGAAGCAGUGGCAGGACCUGGAGACAGUGCUCCAUGACUAUCUGUUCAAAUUUAUCCUUCUUAUUAACAAAGUGGUUAAGGCUGAAGAAGAGCACUACCCCUUUGUCAUCCAGGCCUCCAUCGGCUGCGAGCUCCACCCCAACGGCACCUCACGGCAGUUCUGUGACGCCGCGGUGAACGGGGAGGAUUUCAUCAGCUUCAAUGUGGAUGAGGGCACCUGGGUCGCUCAGCACUGGCAUAAGCUGGCCCUCAACUCACGGGACUUUCUUAACCAGGAUAAGAGCACGAUUGCCAUGGCUCAGUUCCUCCUGAGAACAACGUGUGUCAAUGAGCUCAAGAGCUUUGCCCAGUACGGGAGAGAGUCUCUGGCGAGACAAGAGCGGCCGGUCGCAGUGGUGGUUUCCCGAGCGCCUCCCGCAGCCGGGACCCCCGCGCCGGUACUGCUGGUUUGCCGGGUCACCGGUUUCUACCCCCGGCCCGUCCGUGUGGCCUGGCUGCAGGACGGGGAGGAGGUGGGGCCGGGCGGGCGGCUGAACUCCAGCGGGAUCCUGCCCAACGCGGACCUGACCUACCAGCUGCGCAGCUCCCUGGCCGUGGGGCCGGGCUCCGGGCACAGCUACGCCUGCCGGGUGCAGCACAGCAGCCUGGGGGGCCGGAGCCUGCUGAUCCCCUGGGGGCACAGCAGGCCCUGGGGCCCCGGCCUGGCCGUGGGCAUCACCCUGGGGGCUCUGGCUGUAGCCGCCGUGGCCGUGGUGCUGUGGUGGAGAGUACGCAGGGGCCACCAGGACGUCCGACCAGAGGAGCCCAGCGCCUGAGGAUGCAGCACCGGCCCAGGUGUGGGGAUUGGCCCCUCUCCUGGGGACAUGGACCUGGGGGCUGAAUCCGCACCUGGCUCCAGAGCUGAGGGCCCUGAGGCCCUGUCUGGAUCGGGGCCCUGGGAGAUCGGGGCCCUGGGAGACUGGGGCACCGGGUGGGGGGUGGGAAUCUCACCCUGCACCCCCAGUGUUGUUCGUGCCAAGGACGCUAACACAGAAGGGCAGCAACGACCAAGGAAAAAACCCGCAGAUUGGAACACAAGGCCGCCUACAUCAGCGGAGGCCCCUGCCCUGCUGGGAGCCGGGAAAGCGCCAGCACUGCUGCAGAGGACUAGAGGAGACUGAAAAGGAUGCCAAGGCCAUGGCUGGCCACGAGUGCCCAUGUGUGGGAACAGGGACUCCUGAGUUAGAUCCCGGGUAUCGGAUCCCCAGCGGGCAGGAGUUUCCUGUCCGUCUCGUUCAGCACCUUGGUCAGCCUGGAGAAUGCAGAACCGGGGGCCGGUCCCUUCUCGUCACCCCGCACUCUGCCACGCGCCAACCCCCGCUGCCUCUGCCUGGGGAUCCAGCCCUGUCCCUCAGUCCCAGCAUUAACCCUUUCCCUGCCCCAGCUCAGCCCCACAUCCCUCUCACUGACUCUGCUGCCUUCAGGGAACCUUUGGGAGCCUCUGAUCCAAACUGGAAGGAACGAAGCAUCUGGGGCUCCAGGAUCUCACAGGGGCUGAUUACACUGCUCUACAAUUAUUGAGAAGUCGUCUGCUUCAAAGAUAAAAUGUGCUAUUUAUUAUGUAUUUUGAUGUGCUGAAUUCAAAUAUAACAAUUAAAACAACUGAUUGGCUACUGUUUCUAAGAUAUUUAAGUUUUUACAUUUUAUGUCUAUGUAUAUUGUGUAGAUAGUAGAGUUUUAAUCAUAAAUUGUAAACCUAGG